AUGUUCACCUCCAUCUGGAUCAUAACACAAGCAUUCUGGUGGCGGCCGGUGACUCCCAUCGUCCACCUGGAAAACCUCCCCGGCAACCCUGAGUUGUCGGGGAUCGAUGUGUUCAUUUGCAUUGCCGACCCAAAGAAGGAGCCAACGGUGGACGUAAUGAACACGGUGUUGUCGGCGGUGGCGCUUGACUACCCGCUGGAGAAGCUGGCGAUGUAUCUUUCUGAUGAUGGUGGUUUGCCGUUGACUUUGUAUGGAAAUAUGGAAUCAAGACUCUAUCUCCUUAAAGAUACUUUUCAUCGUUUGGUGACGAUGAUCGUGUUCUUCCGGAAUCAUGAAUUCAUGGCGGAGGAGGAAGACAUCAAGUCGAAGUAUGAAGCAUUCAAGAAAAAUGUGGAGAAAUUUAGUAGAGGUAGCGGGACAGAAGAUUUUAUGGUGCAUGAUCGACCUCCUCAUGUUGAGCUACGAAUUUCUGGGAUUAUGAGCAAUGGCCCUUAUGUACUAGUAUUAGAUUGUGACAUGUUUUGCAAUGAUCCAACUUUAGCUAGACAAUCAAUGUGCUUCCAUCUUGAUCCCGAAAUAUCCCGUUCUCUUGCUUUUGUGCAAUUUCCUCAAAUUUUCUACAAUGUUAGUAAGAAUGACAUCUAUGACGGCCAAGCAAGAUCAGCUUACAAGCUUAACCAAUUCACUAGUACUAUUCCAAGUGAGAUUGGAAAGCUUCAAACUCUACACAGAUUGAAUCUCGACAACAAUCCAUUGUCUGUAAGGUUACCAAAACAAGUUGUUUCUGUCUCAUCCUUAUCUAUAUUGCUAGACCUAUCCCAAAACCAAUUGAGUGGUGUGCUUCCCAUGGAAGUUGCAAAUUUGAUAAACCUUGGUUACUUGGAUGUCUUGUACAACUUGUUAUCCAGUGAAAUUCCCAAGUAUGUCAUCUAUUAA